AUGACUGCUGUUGUUAGGGAUUCUGCCCGAGUCCCAGUAAGAGUUGCUGGUGAUGGCAUGGAAACAGAGAAAACGCCAUCUACCUUAGAAGUCAGUACAGAUACGCUGCCUUCAGGUCUGGCAGCCGUUCCUGUCAAGGCAGCAAGCCCCAAACACAACCCCAAGUCUUCCAUUCCUCCUCCCCCUAUUGCCCCACAACCUCUUGGUGUGCUCCAUCUGGGCAAGGUGAGUAGGGAGGCCUGCACGGAGGUUGAGGCCGUAAGAAUCAUCAUUCCCCGAGCUGCCAUAAGCAGGAAUAGCAGGGUAACUGAGGCGAAGGGAGACUCUGGACAUCAGGUGGAAGAGCGAAGUUCAUCCCCGCAGCCAUCGGUGGAUGAUUGGCGAGGACAGCUAGAGAAGCUUCAGAACUCUGAACGCAGGCUGCUACAAGACAAGGAAGGUCUUUCCAAUCAACUGCGUGUACAGACAGAGGUGAACCGCGAGCUCAAGAAACUUCUGGUGGCAUCCAUGGGUGAUGACCUUCAGUACCAAUUUGAGCGUCUUGCGCGUGAGAAGAAUCAUCUGAAUUUGGAGAACGAGGCUUUGGGUCGAAGUUUGUCACAUACAGCGGAGCAACUGGAGCGUAUGAGUAUACAGUGUGAUGUCUGGAGGAGCAAGUUCCUGGCCAGCAGAGUCAUGGCAGAAGAGCUGACAAAUUCCAGAACAGCUCUGCAGCGUCAGACCAGAGAGGCACAAGUAGCCAUUCAGGACCUAUUGUUGGAAAGAGAGGAGUUCUCAAGGGAAAUGGUGCUCACUCACAGAUCUCUGGAGCAGCUCCUGGUGUCUCUGCAGUGGGGCAGACAGCAGACCUACUACCCCAGCGCACAGCCGCUCAGCACAGGAGAGUUGGCGGCAGCCAAUCACAAGUUAGCAGAUGCCAUCAACUCUCACCUGUUAGGCAGCAUUGUGGUCAACGGCAGCAGUGCGACAGCUGAUCAGCUUUGUAACACACCAGCAGAAAAGAUGGCUGAGAAGGUUUUGAAAAUUUUAGAUCCCAUCUCCUGCACAGAAAACAAGGCAGAUUCUUCACUUAAAGACUCAUCCCCUUCAAACUUUCUGAGCAAUAAGAGCAUUGGCAGGUUCCACCCAUACACUCGCUAUGAGAACAUCACUUUCAACUGCUGUGAACGCUGCUCCGGAGACAUCCUCGUGCUGUAG